AUGGCGUCCCCAAAUGCGAUAGACCCGCACCAGCCGACGCGUUCAGGUUCGUCCCAAGGGCUUCCGCAGUCUUCGAGAUCCAGAGACCAAUCCAUGCGCAUAAGUCCGUCGAAUGGAGACUCUGACUGCCAACAAUGGCGUCCCUUCGCGCUCCCUUCGAAUCGAGAUGCGAGUUACGUGCAAAAGAGUGCUGGCUCGCAAGUAACGCGUCUCGACGAAGUCAAAACAGUUUUGCCGACAAACUUUGCCACUGCACCAAUCUUUCGUGGUGUACCGGCCAUUCAACCCGGAGAGAACUUUUGUUCCUCGACAACGGGCCUGGCAAGUACAUCUCCUGAAGAAUUAAAGCCCUCAUCGGACUGUGUUCGUAGAGGCGGAGCUACAUCCGAAUCGACGUAUUUGGACCAUCUGGUUGAUAUGAGCAGUAUCAACAGUUCCUUCUACAACGAAGUUGGUGCUGGUACUAGUCCCAAUACUGAUCCUAGUCCUGGUCUUCCAAUUGGAUGCUCUCCAGUUUCAACGAGACAGAGCGGCAAGGAAUCCCAGCCCUUCCUGCCGACAUCUUUGCCCAUUUCGUUCCGUGAUCUGGCCUCGGGAAUACCCGGGGAAGUCAAGUCCAAUUUUCUGACUGGCGAACCCUUACUUAUGGAUGAGGAUGAUUUGUCCAUAUCUAUCGAAGAUGAAACCAAUGCUCACUUCAACGAUACUAAUUCGGUGAACUUGGACCCAACAAAAAAUACAGCAGCAAAGAAAACGCCUUCGCGCACGUUACGUCCCAUUUCCACUUCUAGAAAUUCGUCAUCCCUUAAGAAAGGAUCGACGAUUAACGCACGUUCCCGUAAACGCAAGAAAACACCCUCCGUCUCAACGAUCUCCCAUCGGGACGAGAAUUUUUUGGGCAGGAAGCCCAAGUUUGUCAAAGACCCUGUGUUUUUGAACUCGGCGCCCAGCUCCAACUCUAUCUCAAGCAGGCAGAAAAGGGCGACUCUUGAGUUAGUAGGUCCCGACGCGCCCCAAAUGCAAACUCUAUGGCGCAUGUUAGCCUUUCUCGAAGGUAACCCCAAUCCAACAUUCUCGACUGUAGCUAGCGAUGUCCGGAAGGAGAUUGCUCUCUGUACAAAGCGUCAUCUGGAUGGGGAGCACCGCUUCCGUCACUUACCCGGUGCCAUCUUUGAGCGUCUCGUAGCCCAGUUCGGAGGUGAUUGGUUUCGGGUGGUGUUUUUAGAAUCUCAAACUCCCAAUCGUACGGUGAGAAAGAAGUCUGUCGAACCUUUCGAUGGUGCAGGUGCACUUGCGAAGGUUGGUGUGCAAUCAAACCCUUGCAAGAGAGUCACGGACCAUCUCUCGAGCCAUGUCCCGAAGAGCAGAGGCAGUCUUUCAAUCAAUCCCACAGAUAGGCUUGUUGAUACUCUGGUGAUAAGCGAAGCAGAACAAGGACGCACAGAGACCUCUCCCUUGAAAACAGUCAAAGAUGGCAGUGUUGAUAAGAAAGAAGCCUUAGGUCGAGGCAGCACAGCAGGUGUCCAACUUAUCGAGGCACCCUCAACCAUGACGAAGGAAUCGUCACCCAAAGCUCGCACAUCGACAGUGAUGGAAGAAUCCGAGCAUCCAUCACUUGCAAAGUAUGAGAAUCCUGCGAAUGCUACGCUGCCAAUCACAGGAAAUACAAAGGCUAGCCCUAACAUCGUCUUGGAAGGCUUGGUAGAAAACGUAUUGCGGGGGAAUGUGGUUUUAGCGCCAGUGGGCCACAACACACAAAUUCCAACGGCACCCGAAUUGUGCGUCGCGUACGGUUACUUUCUCGGACAGCGCGGAUCCUUGUCUCCAGCACUUCCGUUGUCGCCAUUGUGCAAGUCUCGGCCUCGCCACGAGGAACAAUUACUUUGCCAGGCUCGCACGGGAUCGGCACUCGUCAGUGACUUGUCCCGUCCGGAACGAUACACCUUUUGGAAAGCUUUGUGGACAUUGCAAUCCGACGAAGCGACUGCUUUCGCAAACACGGUGUAG